CGCCACCAUACUUGCAUAGCACAACAUAGGCUGGGCUUUCGGGUUUCAGUGGUUGCUUAGAGCAGUGGCAGACCGUCAACAUGUCUGAUAUGGAAGAUGAUUUCAUGUGCGAUGACGAGGAGGACUACGAUUUGGAAUAUUCAGAAGACAGCAAUUCAGAGCCCAAUGUGGACCUUGAGAACCAGUACUACAAUUCCAAAGCCCUGAAGGAAGAUGAUCCCAAAGCAGCGCUCAGUAGUUUUCAGAAGGUAUUGGAAUUAGAGGGAGAAAAAGGAGAAUGGGGAUUCAAAGCCUUGAAACAGAUGAUAAAGAUCAACUUCAAAUUGACAAACUUUCCAGAGAUGAUGAACAGGUACAAGCAGCUGCUUACAUACAUCAGAAGUGCAGUCACGAGAAACUACUCGGAGAAGUCCAUCAACUCGAUUCUGGACUACAUCUCCACCUCCAAACAGAUGGACUUACUACAGGAGUUCUAUGAAACCACACUGGAGGCUUUGAAAGAUGCAAAGAAUGACAGAUUAUGGUUUAAAACUAACACAAAGCUGGGGAAGCUGUACCUGGAGAGAGAAGAAUAUGGAAAACUGCAGAAGAUACUAAGACAACUGCACCAGUCGUGUCAGACAGAUGAUGGAGAGGAUGACUUGAAGAAAGGCACUCAGCUAUUAGAGAUCUAUGCCCUGGAGAUCCAGAUGUACACGGCACAAAAGAACAACAAGAAACUGAAGGCCCUGUAUGAGCAGUCGCUUCACAUUAAAUCUGCUAUUCCCCACCCACUCAUCAUGGGAGUCAUCAGAGAGUGUGGGGGGAAGAUGCACCUGAGAGAAGGUGAGUUUGAGAAGGCUCAUACAGAUUUCUUUGAGGCCUUUAAAAACUAUGAUGAGUCUGGGAGCCCAAGGAGAACCACAUGCUUGAAGUACCUGGUCCUAGCCAACAUGCUGAUGAAGUCAGGAAUCAACCCUUUUGACUCUCAGGAGGCCAAACCAUAUAAAAAUGACCCAGAGAUUCUAGCAAUGACAAACUUAGUAAGCGCCUACCAGAAUAAUGACAUCACGGAAUUCGAGAAAAUUUUGAAAACAAAUCACAGUAACAUAAUGGAUGACCCUUUCAUCAGAGAGCAUAUAGAGGAACUUCUACGGAACAUUAGAACCCAAGUACUUAUCAAACUCAUCAAACCAUACACAAGAAUACAUAUCCCCUUCAUUUCUAAGGAGCUUAACAUCGAUGUGUGUGACGUGGAGAGUUUACUGGUACAGUGCAUCUUGGACAACACAAUUCAUGGCCGCAUUGACCAAGUCAACCAACUACUAGAACUAGACUACCAAAAGAGAGGAGGAGCUCGUUACACUGCUUUGGACAAAUGGACAAAUCAGCUGAACUCACUCAACCAAGCUGUUGUUAGCAAACUCACCUGAUUGACAUAUAAAGCAAAAAGACAAGGAAAAAUGGCAUGUUUGAAUGCAUCUAUACGAUAUACCUUUUAAGAAGAGAUACAUGGGCUUUGAGAAUCCCACCAUUUUCAAGAAGGAAAAAACAAGAUUCACAAGAACCAUCCUUUGAAAAUGCAUUGGUUUCUGUCUGACGGGAGGAAAACAUUGACACUAAUUUGAAACCUUCUCAUAUGCAGCACACAAUCCUUUAACUGUUAUUUUUGAAAAGAUGUCUAAAAAUGUACAAGAAAUUCAUAGUAGUCACGUGCCCUUUCCCAUUUAUAAUAAACACAAAGCUUAUUAACGGCACUCAAAGGAUUGUAAACUGCCCUUGAAUAGAGCUGUUCAAAUUUUGAUGGGCUAAAUUGUCCGGUUGAAAUGUGUGUGUGUGUGUGUGUGUGUGUGUGUGUGUGUGUGUGUGUGUGUGUGUGUGUGUGUGUGUGUGUGUAUAUUUUUAUAUAUAUAUAUAUAUAUAUAUACACACACAAGCACACACACGUGUGUGUGUGUGUGUGUGUGUUGAGCACACGGCGUAAUAGUGUUCCAUGAAUUUGAUUGCAGUUGCUUGACUACCGUAUAUAGUUGCAUUCAUGUCCCCUGAAAAUUUUUAUGAAUAAACCCGUCA